AUGCGGAUGUCUCCGGUGCCAAGGGACGGGCGCUCGCGCUUGUUAGUGGAGGUGAAGCGCAGCCAUGCGCGCGCUUCCCCACCGGCCCCCUCAUUAGACACCGGCGCUGCCUGUGGCAACGGGGGGCACAGGGACACGCAGGUGUCCCGGGGCUCCUCGCUGCUGGUGCAGAUGCGAAAGCAGAGGAGCAUCCCGGGGGUAUGCGGAUGUCUCCGGUGCCAAGGGACGGGCGCUCGCGCUUGCCGGGCCAGCCUCCACGACAAGGCGUCGCUGCGCAUUGAGCAGGUGCGCUCCGAGGACCAGGGCUGGUACGAGUGCAAGGUGCUCAUGCUGGACCAGCAGUACGACACCUUCCACAACGGCAGCUGGGUGCACCUCACCGUCAACGCUCCCCCCACGUUCACGGAGACGCCGCCGCAGUACGUGGAGGCCAAGGAGGGCAGCAGCGUCACGCUGACCUGCAUGGCGUUCGGGAACCCCAAGCCCAUCGUCACCUGGCUCCGCGAGGGAGAGCUGCUCGGAGCCGACGGGAAGUACCAGGUGAGCGACGGCAGCCUCACGGUGCUCUCGGUGAGCCGCGAGGACAGAGGUGCCUACACGUGCCGGGCCUACAGCAUCCAGGGGGAGGCCGUGCACACCACGCGCCUGCUCGUGCAAGGGCCCCCGUUCAUCGUCUCCCCUCCGGAGAACAUCACGGUCAACAUCUCCCAGGAUGCGCUCUUCACGUGCCAGGCCGAGGCGUACCCGGGCAACCUCACCUACCUGUGGUACUGGGAGGAGGAGAACGUCUACUUCAAGAACGACCUGAAGCUGCGGGUCCGCAUCCUGAUCGACGGGACGCUCAUCAUCUUCCGCGUGAAGCCAGAGGAUGCGGGAAAAUACACGUGCAUCCCCAGCAACAGCCUCGGCCGCUCGCCAUCAGCCUCUGCCUACCUGACGGUGCAGUAUCCUGCCCGCGUGGUGAACAUGCCCCCCGUCAUCUACGUUCCCAUCGGGAUACACGGAUACAUCCGCUGUCCGGUCGAGGAAGACCCGCCGGUCACUCGUAAGUGGAGCAAGGACGUCCGGCCCCUGCGGAUCGAAAAGUAUUCCGGCUGGAACCUGCUGGAAGACGGCUCCAUCCGCAUAGAGGAGGCAACCGAAGACGCUCUCGGCACUUACACCUGCGUGCCUUAUAACGCCCUGGGGACGAUGGGCCAGUCUCCCCCUGCCCGACUGGUGCUGAAGGACCCCCCCUAUUUCACGGUGCUACCAGGCUGGGAGUACAGACAGGAGGCAGGGAGGGAGCUGUUGAUUCCUUGUGCUGCUGCGGGAGACCCCUUUCCUAUCAUCGCCUGGAGAAAGGUAGGGAAGCCCAGCAGGAGCAAGCACACCACGCUGCCCGGCGGCACCCUGCAGAUCCGCUCCCUCGGCAAGGACGACCACGGCGAGUGGGAGUGCAUCGCCACCAAUGUCGUCGCCAGCAUUACUGCCAGCACUCACCUUACAGUCGUAGGCACAAGCCCUCACGCCCCGACCGGCGUGCACGUCGGGGUUGCCAUGACCUCUGCCAACGUCUCCUGGGAGCCCGGCUACGACGGCGGAUACGAGCAGACUUUCUCAGUUUGGAUGAAGCGGGCGCAGUUUGGACCCCACGACUGGCUGUCUCUCCCCGUGCCGGCUGGGUCCAGCUGGCUGCUGGUGGAUACCCUAGAACCGGAGACCGCCUACCAGUUCAGUGUCUUGGCUCAGAACAAGCUGGGCACCAGCUCCUUCAGCGAGGUGGUCACUGUGAACACUCUAGCAUUCCCCGUAACAACUCCAGAGCCUCUGGUGUUGGUUACCCCACCGAGGUGCCUCACAGCCAACCGGACACAGCAAGGCGUCCUGCUCUCGUGGCUUCCUCCCGCCAACCACAGCUUUCCCAUCGACCGCUACAUCAUGGAGUUCCGCGUCGCGGAGCGGUGGGAGAUCUUGGACGACGGCAUCCCGGGCACCGAGAGCGAGUUCUUUGCCAAGGACUUGUCCCAGGACACUUGGUACGAGUUCCGGGUCCUCGCGGUCAUGCAGGAUCUCAUCAGCGAACCCAGUAACAUUGCUGGCGUGUCCAGCACAGGCUUCCUGGCUGCUGCCAUCCUCUUCAGCACCCUCGCCGCCUGCUUCGUCAACAAGCAACGCAAACGGAAACUCAAGCGCAAGAAAGACCCUCCUCUCUCGAUAACCCACUGCAGGAAGAGUUUGGAGUCCCCGUUGUCUUCCGGCAAGGUGAGUCCCGAGAGCAUCCGCACGCUCCGUCCGCCCUCGGAGUCCUCCGACGACCAAGGCCCGCAGGCCAAGCGGAUGCUCAGCCCCAGCAAGGAGAAGGAGCUGUCCCUUUACAAGAAGACCAAGAGGGCCAUCAGCAGCAAGAAGUACAGUGUCUCCAAGGCUGAGGCCGAAGCCGAGGCCACAACGCCCAUCGAACUCAUCAGCCGUGGGCCAGACGGCCGCUUCGUGAUGGACCCGGCGGAGAUGGAGCCCUCUCUGAAGACGCGCCGCAUCGAGGGCUUCCCCUUCGUGGAGGAGACGGACAUGUACCCCGAAUUCCGGCAGUCGGACGAGGAGAACGACGACCCCAUCGUGCCCGCCUCCGUCACGGCCCUCAAAUCCCAGCUCACCCCUCUCUCCUCCAGCCAGGAGUCCUACCUUCAGCCACCAGCAUACAGCCCCCGGUUCCACCGGGCCCUGGAGGGCAGCGGUGCCCUCGAAAGCCACCUGCAGGCCACCGGCCAAGCCCGCCCGCCGGCCCCGCGGGCCUUCCACCACGGCCAGUUCUACGGUUACCUCAGCAGCAGCAGCCCCGGCGAGGUGGAGCCGCCCCCCUUCUACAUGCCCGAAGUCAGCCCGCUGAGCUCCGUCAUGUCGUCCCCGCCGCUGCACCCCGAGGGGCCCUUCGCCUUCGGCGCCCUCGAGGCGCCCGCCGUGCCGUUCCCGCAGCCGCCGCAGCAGUGCGACGUGGCCGAGAGCGCCCAGCCCGCCGCCUGUCUUCCGCGGGGGCCGCCCCCGUCCUCCCUCCAGGUCCCCGCGUCCUACCCGGGCAUCCUGCCCCUGGAGGCACCAAAGAGCUGGACUGGCAAGUCACCCGGCAGGAGCCAACCCUCUGUGCCCACCACCACCACCACCAAGUGGCAGGACAAACCUAUGCAACCCAUGGGGAGCCAAGGGCAGCUAAGACAUACCAGUCAAGGUAUGGGCAUACCCGUGUUGCCUUACCAUGAACCGUCCGAGCCCGUGGGCCACAGCGGCACAAGCACAUUCAGCCUGGACACCAGGUGGUACGAGCCCCAACCCCGACCUCGGCCCAGCCCUCGGCAAGGCAGGAGGGCUGAGCCCAGUUUACAUCAGGUGGUGCUACAACCUUCGAGGCUUUCUCCUCUCACCCAAAGCCCCCUCAGCUCCCGCAACAGCUCCCCGGAGCUGCCGGCGCGCGCCCGCCCGCGCCCGGCUAUCUGGGCAGUGUUGUCGAGACAAGCUUCUCCUCAGCUCAAUAGAAAACGUCCAUCUCCGUCCCGGGACGCUGCUGCACCUGAGAGGCUCGAGGCUCUGAAAUACCAGCGGAUAAAGAAGCCCAAAAAGUCAUCCAAGGGCUCCUCGAAAUCCAGAAAGCAAUCCAAUGGUUCUGCCUCCCAGGUGCAGCAGCUGCCCAGCUCUCAGGUACUGUGGCCUGACGAAGCUGUCUGCCUCCGCAAGAAGAAGAGACACCCUCGUCAGGACCCCUUCGCCCGCCUCUCGGCGCUCAAGGACGACCUCUGUCACCGGCAGCUCCCCGAGGACCAGACGGCCAUUCUCAACAGCGUGGACCACGACGACGCCGGCGGCCACGCCACCCUGCUCUAGCCUCGC